AUGUCUUCGUCGCGCUUCACCGCCCUCCUCUUCGCCCUCGUGGCCGCCCUCGCUGUCCUUACCCUCUCCACUUCAGCUCAGGAAACAUGUUCGGCCACCUCCAAGUGCGGUGAGGCAGCGCCCUGCUGCUCGUCCUACGGCUACUGUGGCAGCUCGACCACCCACUGCCUCGGAAGCUGCGAUCCCACUUCUUCUUUCUCUCCAUCCUCCUGCAAGCCGAUGCCCAAGUGCAAGCCGCAGACCAUCUCGUUCGAGAACAAUGCCAAACCCUGGGUGGCAGCUGCGUCCUAUCGCGGCGACCCCGACCAGGCACCCUUCACGCUCGAUGAGGGUGUUGUCGAGCCGUCCAAGUCCGGAACCAAGAUGAUUUUGACCAAGAAAGGUGCGGCUCAGAGGGGGACGCUGCUCAGCACCACGCGCUACUGGUACUACGGCCAAGCCAGCGCCGUCAUGAAGCACGGCAGCUGGGCUGGCGUCGUCAACACCUUCAUCGGUAUGUCGGCCACCAAAGACGAGAUCGACUUCGAGUACACUACUUCUUCCGAUCAAGACGUAGAGACAAACUAUUACUGGACCGGUCAAGCAGAGGGGUAUACACAUGGGUACAGCGUGCCCUCCUCUGUGCUAAACAGUGUCUCCAAACCAUCGCGGUUCAGCGUCAAGGACUGGCACACGUACACCAUUGACUGGUCGCCCAACCGUCUGCGCUGGAUCAUCGACGGCACCGUCGUCCGCACGCUGUACCGCAAGAACACGCUUCACUCCAAGGACGGUCUGUAUCACUACCCGUCCUCGCCCAUGCGCUUGCAGCUCAGCAUCUGGGGCGCCGGCGACGGCACGUUCCCCAAAGGCACCGUCGAGUGGGCCGGCGGGCUGAUCGACUGGAGCAAAGCCACCAACGGCAGGUUCGUCAACAUGGUCAAGAGCGUCACCAUCAGCUGCAACGACCCGGACGACGUCAAGAACGACAGGCCCAACUAUGCCUUCAGCGCGAAGAAGGUCAAUCCGCUGAAUGGCCAGCCCAAGGUCCUGGCCACCUCCAGAUCGUCCAUCAUGUCGUAG